AUGAAGAGCUUGGAGGACUGGUGGCUAUUUAUAGUCAUUGAGGAGGAUACUACUUCGUUUUCGCUGAGCUCGUCAUUGAAAAGAUUGAUAACGAUUGAUAAUAACCUGCCAGCUUUUGUUUCGGCUGCGGUGGAGCAAUUUGACACGGCAGGUACUAUCGACGGUGAAUCAGUUUGCAGUGGAGUUGUGUCUUGUGCUGACAUUCUCGCCAUUGCUGCUCGUGAUUCUAUUGUUGAGUUGGGAGGACCAACAUGGACUGUACAGCUGGGAAGGAGAGAUGCAAGGGAUGCAAGUCUGAGUGGCGCAAAUAGCAGAAUCCCUAGUCCAGCAUCCAGCCUCAGUGCACUCAUCACAGCCUUUAGUAAUCAAGGCCUUUCUACCAUGGAUAUGGUAGCCCUUUCAGGAGCUCAUACAAUUGGUCAAGCAAGGUGCACCACAUUCAUAACUCACGUCUACAAUGAAACCAAUAUCAACAGUGCAUUCGCCACUUCUGUGAAAGCUAACUGCCCGAGAACUGGUGGUGACAAACACCUGUCUCCCCUAGAUAAUGUUCAAACUCCCAUUGCCUUUGAUAACAACUCCUACAAAAAUCUGAGAGUACAGAAAGGACUUCUUCAUUCUGACCAGGAACUGUUCAAUGGAGGAUUCACCAAUUCUUUGGUUACUUCGUAUGCUACAAAUCAAAAUACUUUCUUCCGUGAUUUUGCUACUGCCAUGGUGAAUAUGGCAAACAUCAAACCUCUUACCGUUACCAGUGGUGAAGUGCGCAGAAACUGUAGAAAAACCAAUUAA